UAUUCCAGACCUGUCAAACAAACAGUACUAGAGAACAUACUACCCUGUAUCCUCUCAUUGGAAAAUUGCUACUAAAAAAGUGCAUUCUCUGGCUAGAACAGGGUUUGAUAUUGCUGUAUUUUAGGUGCAAAAAGGUUGUAAUAGCACCUCUGUGUUACUGAUAAGAAAUGCACUAAGUGCUCUGUCAUCGCUGCAUCAUUAUGGUUAAGGAGGUAGUUAAAUACAUUCCAGGGGACAAGGAAAAUGGAAAACUUGAGAAAGUUCUUCACGUUGGAAAUAAGAUUGAGCUUUCCAGGCUAAGUCUGAUGUUGUCAGCCCUAUCCUUGCUGUUGGCUGUUGUAUUCUUCUCCCUCCUCCUAGGAUGGUUGUGGGGUGUACCCAACCUAGUGGAUAAACAUCAGCAGGAGGUUGAAAGGUUGGAGCAUCUGAUUGAAAAACAGGAUAUUAUUAUUCAAUCUCUGAUGGGGAAUCAGGAAAAAGAUGGAUCCUUGGUAGUCCCUGAAAAGCUUGGUUCUGUUGAAGAUGAGUUUGAUGUUAGAAGUUGUCUCCAGGACCCAUCUUCAGGUCCCUGUACUACUCUCAGUAUUCAGAGGUGGUUCUUUGACCGGAAAGCUGGUCGGUGCAAACAGUUCUCAUUCGGUGGAUGUGAAGGGAAUCAGAAUAAUUUUAUUACAGCCAGGGACUGUGAGGAAAAAUGCAGUGGUUUCAAGAAAGAUGAGGGUUUAGAUUUAAUUUCUAAGGCCGAUAUUAAAUCUGUGGCGGGAGGCGAAAUAUUCUCAAAUAGUUUAGAUGAAAAACCUACACAUUGUUUCCUGGAACCCGCAGCUGGACCAUGCAGAGGUCAGGUGUCAAGGUUCUACUGGGAUGAGGAGAAAAUGACCUGCUCCAAGUUCUUCUAUGGAGGAUGUGCCGGGAACAAGAACAACUUUAUCACAGAGCAGGACUGCAGGAACACAUGCUGGAUACAG